AUGCCAGCCCAUCUCACGAACAUCCAAGUGUUCCUUGACCGUCUGCCCAUCGCACGUCCCAAAAACGUGUACGUUAGGGAGUCGUUCGACGUCACCACCCUUUACACUAACGUGUCGAACGACUCCGCAAUGCAAACCAUCCGCGAGCUUCUUGAGCAACACGAAGGAUCAAUUAACAUGUAUAGCUUUUCGAUUCAGCAGCUUAUAGUCUUCCUAAAGAUAGGCGAUUGUUUUGUCAUCUGCUCCACACAAGAGGAGAUGGACAAAUGCUUUGAGUUUUUGAACGAACAGUCAGAGUACAUAAAAUUCACCCGUGAGAAACCGAAAGAAAACUGGCUUCCAUUUCUAAACAUUCAAAUCAACCUAUCCGAAAACGGAUAG